UUAUUGGCUUCACGAGUGGCUUCGUCCUGCGCAAAAAGACAGAAUUUGUGUAACAAUAGUUGUGUCAGACCUUAUUAACAUUAGUGUGCACACUAAAACAGAACAAAAAGGGCAUCGUACAUCUUGGUUUCCAUAGCACCUGCUCCUGGCCUCAGUGUUAUUUUAAGCUGGUAAUGUUUUCGUUGUAAAGGCAGCACACCAGGCAGAUAUACUGUCAGACAGGAGGAGAAUUCAGAGUGAACACAUUCAGGAAUUAGUUGGUGGAAUUUAAAUAACUACACUACAAAUUUGAGGUACUUUACUUGAGUCUUCUUUUCAUGCCACUUGCUGCCUCUGUUCACUACGUUUCAGAGGGAAAUAAAAUUUUUGCUCCACUACAUACAGUCUCCAGCAUUAAUUACAAAUUAAGAUUUCUGACCUGAAAUAUGAUAUUUUUUAACAUUUAAGCUACCCAAAGUACAUACAAGUACUGCUGAUAUAAUCGGUCAAUUCAUCAAAUACUCGGUUGACACAGAAUUUAUCUGCAACUAUUUUGACAGUCGUUCGGCUCAUGGUUCCAGCUUUGCAAAACUGAGGACAAGCUGCUUUUCCUUCGAAUUAUUUCAGUUUAUUUUCAAUUGUUUUGAGAUUUGGACUGUGAGUUGGACAAAACAAGCAGUGUGAAGGUGUCACUUUGGGCUCUGCGUAAUCGUGACGCCAUUUCUCGCAAUUUUGGGAUUUUUAGAAUCUAAACAAUCAUGGUCGCAUAAACAAUCAAUUAAUUGAGGCAAUGAUCAGCAAAUUGGCAAUUGAAAUUGGCAGAGAGAGGCCUUUACUUGUUGAAUUCAGAGAGGAAGAAACCAGAAUCUUCAGACUUAAGUCUUAACAUCAGUUAUAAAGGACAGAGUUAAAAAAUAACCCAAAAUCAUAGAGUGAGUCAACGGCAGACAAAAUGAUAGAAUUGUUUCAUAAACAACUUAAUACAGUGGUCGCUCUUUACAUCAUGUCUUUAUGUCUUUAUAUGUCUCUUUAUUUGCUUUAUCUACAUCUCAGUGCUCUCAUCUUAUCAUGACUCCUCUCUCUCUCGCCCCUCCGAAGGCCCAGCAAAGAUCAGAAGAUGAACAACACCCUGUUAAACGAUUCCAUCAAGUGCGUUCGGGACACCAGUGUGACAGCCGUGGUUUUCCCCUGUCUGUACAGCAUCCUCUUCGUAUUCGCCCUCAUACUGAAUUCCCUGGCUGCGUGGAUCUUCUUCAACAUCCCCAGCACCUCAACAUUCGUGGUCUUACUUAAAAAUGUGGUGGUGGCCGACUUGCUGAUGACCCUGACCAUCCCUCUGAAAGUCUUAAGUGAUGCAGGUGUGGGCUCCGGGCGACUACGCGCCUUCCACUGCAGAUACUCUGCGGUCCUCUUCUACAUCACCAUGUACAUCAGCAUCCUCUUGCUGGGCCUCAUCAGUCUGGACCGCUACCUGAAGAUAGUCAAGCCCUUUGGGAAGUGCGCCCUGCAGCGGGUCCGUGCUGGUCAGCUGCUGAGUGCAGCCGUCUGGGUGGUAAUGCUAUCUUUAGCGUUACCCAACGUUAUCCUGAGUGACCAGACACCGCGGAUCUCUGGAGGCAGACUGAAGUGCACCUCCAUGAAGAACAAAGCUGGCCUGCUCUGGCAUGUGGGAUUCAACUACUUCUGUCAGGUGGUUUUCUGGGGCACGCUGGCCUUGAUGGUGGUUUGCUACACGUUCAUAAGCAAGAAGGUUUAUGAGUCAUACAAAGCCUCAAAGAGCAGAUCUCAAGCGGCCAGUCGCAGAACCAAAGCCAAGGUGUUUGUGGUGGUGGGGGUGUUUUUUGUCUGCUUCGCCCCCUUUCACUUCGCCCGCGUUCCCUACACUCUGACCCAAACCGGCAGCAUGGAGAGUCACUGCAAGGCACAGAAUGCGCUCUACAUUGCCAAGGAAACCACCCUGUGGCUGUCAGCCACUAAUGUAUGUCUGGACCCCCUUAUCUAUGUGUUCCUGUGUAAGGUGUUUAGGAAGAGGCUGACAGCCACACUCUGCCGUAAACCACUCCACAAAGGCACCAAGGAGUCUCCCACGGCAACAUCCACUCAGCUGGAGAUGUCACAGAUAGCCCUGGGUAACAGACUGUCAUAUAACGGGAUGCCGCAGUAAAAAUGUGUGUAAACAAUGUGUGCGACCGGACAAUGUGCAACGGCACACAGUUAAUAACUGUGAACGUGAAGGCGGGAUGAGACGCUCCCUGAAAGAAUGUAUUAUUGUACUUGUACAUAGCGUUUUACCUUGAUGACACAUGUUGUAAAAUGAAUGCAAUGGGAUCAGUCAAACAUGUGUGGACGACGCCAACAGUGGCCACUGCUUUUGAUACAGUACUAACUGAGCACUUAUGGCCCCGCGUUUGCUAAGUCAUCCAAGACGUUUCCUUAAUUGUGCUUUCUGUCAUUUUCAGCUUCCUUCUCUGUAAUCUCGUUCAAACUGCACUUUCCCUUAAAAGAACUUCCGCACAUCCAAUGAUUACAGCACACGCACAAUGUGACCAGGGACUGGAUGAUAACAGAAUGAGCAGGGAACAUAGGACUGCAAUAGACACUGCUUACAGCUAUAACUUAUGUGUAAUAUAAAUAACAACAACAAUAACAGUGAUAAUAAAAUUCAUAUUUUUCAUA